UGUGUCCCCAUAUUUGGCAAAGCCGCAACUGUUGAACGGGAAACCACUUUGGUGUGUAUUUAUAGCCUGAGAGAUGCUGCGGUAGUAGUCGAUUAUUAACAGUAUAUAUAGUAUAGGCUCUCAGCUUUAGAAGUAACUAGCUAUCUAUCAAGGUCAAGUAUCAACUCUCAAGUUUAAUAUUUAAAGUCAAGAUUUAAUAUGUCUUUAGAAGAUCCCUUCUUUGUUGUCAGAGACGAGGUUCGUCAGUCUAUGAACAAUGCACAGAGUCAGUACUCACAAUGGUCGAUGCUGUUAGACAGUGAAGCUGACAUUGACAAGGUUCAAGGAGUGGCUACAGAACUCAAGAACUGUAUCAAGAGUAUAGAAUGGGAUCUGGAGGACCUGGAACAGACUAUCAAAAUCGCUGAGGCUAACCCACACAAAUUUAGACUGGAUUAUGGCGAAUUGGAAACAAGAAAACAGUUUAUCAGAGACACCAGAUCAGUAAUGAAGAGAAUGAAAGACCACCUGAGCAGUGACCAGGUCAAGGCCAAGUUAGAGCAGCUCAAGCGGAAAUCACUGUUACACACUGCUCGAGAGAAGAAGCCACGAGGACGAUAUGCACGUCUGGAGGAGGAAAUGGAGAGAUCUAAUCAGGACUUUAUAGAGGGUCAACGCAAUCAGCAGCAGAUGGUGAUAGCACGACAAGACGAUCGGUUGGAUCAGGUGGGAGCAUCUGUGUCCACGCUGAAGAGGAUUGGGGAGACCAUUGGAGACGAACUAGACGACCAGCAAGUAAUGUUGGAGGAUUUUGACAGAGAAAUAGAGCACACAGACUCUCGCAUGAGGUCACUCACAUCACGGGUCAAUAAAGCUAUCAAGCAAAGUGGAAGCAAGUGUCAACUCUGCACAAUCGUUAUACUCGUUGUCGUACUUCUCAUAGUUAUUGCGUUUUUCUUCAUUCCGUUUUAAUGCAACAGAAACACUUUCAUUGUCUGUUUUAGUAUUGAGUGUUUGUUCAUGUCAUCCAAUAUGUAUUAUGUGUACAUGCAUACAGUACAGCUUAUAAUUAUCAAUAUUGAA